UCAUCCCAAAGAUAAAUAGAGAUCCAACGAUGACCGGUGCUUUAUAUCGAUUUAGCCGUCCGGGUUCCGCUGUGAGUGCGAGGCGGGGUGGACGGGUCCGCGGUGCGACGUGCCGGCGGGCGCGGGGGCGGGGGCGGGCGCGGGGGCGGAGUGCGGCUGCUUGAACGGGGGCGUGUGCCGCGAGGACGGCGCGUGCGACUGCCGGCCCGGGUACGCGGGGGCGCAGUGCGAGGCGCCAAUGGACUGCCGCGCGUCGUCCUGCCCCAUGUACCAGGAGUGCGUGGAGCAGGCGGGGGCGUGGCGCUGCGCGGCGGCGGGGGCGGAGUCUGCGUGCGCGUCGGCGCCGUGCCACAACGGCACGUGCGUGGGCCGCGACCACACCUACUUCUGCCAGUGCGCGCCGGGGAGCACAGGAAGAUUAUGCGAGCUGGAUAUCGACGAAUGCGCCCGAUCUCCGAAGAUAUGUAAUAACGGAGUGUGUGUAAACGUGCCGGGUUCAUACCAGUGCUACUGUCGUCCCGGAUACACCGGUGACAGCUGCGAGCAGGACAUCGACGAGUGUCUAUCGUCGCCCUGCAAGAACGGCGGCACUUGUCUGAAUUUGGAAAAUAAUUACGAGUGCACUUGUAUGGAAGGCUUCGAAGGCAAGGACUGUUCGGUGAACAUAGACGAGUGCUCGACGAGUCCGUGCGCGGCGGGCUCCACGUGCGUGGACGGCGUGGCCGCGUACACGUGCGUGUGCCGCGACGGACUCACGGGCGCGCGUUGCGAGCAGGACAUCGACGACUGCGAGUCGGCGCCGUGCCUGCACGGGGGCCGGUGCGUGGACCUGGUCAACGGGUACUCGUGCGAGUGCGCGGGCACGGGGUACGGCGGGGUACAGUGCGAGUUGGACAUCGACGAGUGCGCGCCGCAGCCCUGCCAGCACGGCGGCACCUGCCUCGACGCCCUCAACGACUACCGCUGCACCUGCCAUCCGGGAUACACGGGUACGGUACCUUCCAUCAUGCCAAACCACUAUGUUAACCUAGCUAUUGCUUAGUUCAAAGCAGAUUUAUCUACUACAUAUAUUUUAAUUCAAAUUUAAUGCAUUUAUUGAAUAUUGCUCAGGAGUUGUGAUAAAAUUCAUGUACAAAUUAAAAUUAAUUAUAUUCUAUUACUUUAAAAAUAUCACGAUGAUAAAAAAUACAUAUCACAUUUUUAAUCAUAAAAAGAUUAAUUCAUAUAAUUAUUUAUUUAAUAUUAUAAUAGGGUAGUUUUCAUAGUGAAAAAUAAGUCACGACAUUGCACAAAAACUAACAUUUACAUCGUAAUAAAUAU